AUGCAGAAUAAUAAUGAAAAUGAAGAUGAUAUUGAUGAAAUUUAUAAUGUUAAAAAUGAAAGUAUCAUUGAUGAUGAUGAUUAUGAAACUUAUAAUGAUGUUGAAGAUGACACCAUUGAUGAUAAUAAUAAUGAUGUAAACAUAAUUGAUAUUGAAGAUGAAGAUAAUACAACAAGUAAAACAAAUAAAAAUAAAAAUAAUGAUGAAGAUGUCAUUGGGAAUGGGGAUGUAAGAUGUAGCAAUAAUAGAA